AUGACGAUAAUGGAGUUCGACGAGUAUUUGAUUGAAUUAGUUCGUUCUCAUUCAGAGCUAUAUAAUAUGACUGAUAGGAGAUACAGUGAUUCCAUUUGGAAAGAAACACUGUGGAAGGAAAUUGGAGAAGAGGUGGGGCGACCAGGCCCUGAAUGCAAGCGACGAUGGGUGUCACUGAGAGACCAAUUUAGAAAAUGUGUUAUUAAAAAAACAAAGAGUGGACAAGCUGCCAUACCCAAGAAGCCAUGGAAGUAUGAGGAGAUUGUGGCUUUCCUGCGCCCAUACAUGCUGGAGCGGGGAACAGUUUCUAACAUAACUGUUGAUAUUUGUUCAGAGGAUGAAUCAAACAGUGAGGUGUCAUCACCAAUUCCGGACAUUGAAAAUAACAGUGAUUUGAGCAAAUACAAGCUAAAGACAAAAUUUACAGAAUAG